ACUGAUGUUAGUCAAAGGGUUUUUAGCCUUGUACUAUAUAGAAGUCCAAAACCAGUAGGAGAACCAAUCAAGGAAGCUGAGAAAAACCAAAGAGUUCUACAACAACGCGUUUUGAGGAAUAGAACAAUUGAAAAACAAGAUCUGAAACAGUAUGAAAGGAAGUCAAAGAAGAUUAAGAAGAAUACUAAUGAAGAAACAAUGGAUGAAGUUCAAGAAGAAAAAGUAGAAACAAUGGCUGUAGUUCCAGAAGUAGAAGAAACAAUGGAUGCAGUUUCAGACGAAGAUGACAGGACAAUGAGAAAGGAUGUGAAAUAUUCCCAAGUUAUUGAAAGGCUGGAUGGCGAGCAAAAGAAGAAAGUGCUUGAAUAUUUCAAUACUCAUCCCAAAACAGACAUUGCCUGGAUAGAAUUCAAACACGAUGGUAGCCUGCUCUUUAAUAUAAGUGGAGAACUAAUGCUCCAGCUUACCAAGAAAGAGUCCUACUUGGAGUCAGAAUUCAUUGAUUUCUACAUUAGCGGGUUGAGGAAAACGAUGAAAUCAAACAAGAAGUAUCAACAAGCGUUAUUCCUCUCGCCGAGAGCAUAUAAAUCUUACUUGGACAAUAACGGUGAUCUCGUGAAAUUCUGGAUUCGUAAGCUUAUUUAG